UGUUUAUAUAUAGUCAUCAUGUGGUGGAUAAUAAUAUUAUGUGUCGUGGCCAAAAGUAUACAUGCAGUUGACAAGGCUAUUUACGAAAAUUACAAGCUCUUUAGCGUGAUUCCAAGAAACGAAUCGCAAUUAGACUUACUUAAAUUGUUGAGAAAUACUAAUAACAUUGGCGUUUCCUUCUGGAGAGAACCAUCUGUAAUGAAUAGAGAAAUAGAUAUUAUGGUACCUCCGCACAAAUUAUCCGACUUAUCCGAAAUUUUAGGCAAGAUCGGUGCACCUUAUGAUAUCAAAAUCCAUAAUAUUCAGAAACUCAUUGAUAAUACUAUGCUUACAAAUCAAUCGAAUGGUUUUGAUUUUACAAAUUAUCACACUCUCGAAGAUAUCUACGAUUAUUUGGAAAAUCUAACCAAGUUAUAUCCCAAGAAAGUAGAGAUUAUCGUAGGUGGCACAACAUUUGAAGGGCGCGAAAUCAGAGGCGUAAAGGUAACUUUUCACGAAGAAAAUCCCGGAGUUUUCAUCGAGGGUGGUAUUCAUGCCAGAGAAUGGAUUGCGACGUCGACUGUCCUAUAUAUUUUGGAUCAGUUGCUGACUAGCAAUGAUAGUGAAGUGAGACGCAUAGCUGAAAGUCAUAAUUGGUACAUUUUUCCAUCAUUUAAUCCGGAUGGCUAUGUAUUCACGCAUACUCAAGAUCGACUAUGGAAAAAAACUCUCAAACCGUCUAGUCCUUUCUGCAUCGGGUCAGAUCCUAAUAGAAACUGGGGUUUCGAAUGGAAUACUAGCGGAACGAAUAAUGAUCCAUGCUCCGAAAUGUAUCCUGGAAGUAAGCCAUUCUCCGAAAUAGAGAUGAAAAGUUUAUCCGAAUAUAUAUGGUCCAAUCUUGACAAUUUCUACGUUUAUAUCGCAUUCCAUAGCUUUUCGCAAUUAUUACUCUUUCCUUAUGGCUACAGGGAAGAAUGUAUGUUCUUUCAUGAAGAUUUGUUUCGUGUAGGCCGGAUAGCAAUCGAAGCUCUUAAAAAGAGACAUGGUACCCAAUAUGCAGUUGGAUGUUUUAAUGAACUCUACAACAUUCUAAAUGCAGUAUACACUAAAGAAAUGUCGGUCAGUUAAAAAGAAUUAAAAUAUUUUUUUUAAGUAACGC